UCUCUGAGGCCAUCAUCAUAAGUUCACUUCUUUUGCGUUGGAAAAGGUGUUGCCUGUACUGCUGACGCACGUGUAUGCAGUGAACUGCAAGACGUUAUUCUUAAUUUCAUAUGUAAAUUAAUUUUAUGCCAGUACUGCUGAAAAAAAAAGCAUUUAAUUCAGAUUGUAAGUUAGCAGCGAUUUUAGAUCUCGCAUAGGGGUUAAACAUGGCUCCCAACCAAACUUGUGUUUGUAUAAGAGCUGUGGCCAUCGGCAGGGGAUGGGGGGGGGGGGGAGCAGCCGGUAUCGCACUCCCGUUAGAGCAGCACCACACGCUCGUAACAAAGGGUACGCUUUCCGUUCCGGCAGAUGUGGAUGAGAUUCCUCCCCCCCCCCUUGAUUAUUAUUCUGCAGGGGGGUGUUCGGAAUGGAAUCAGAUGGAAUGGUGGUGAUUGGAGAGAGUUGGGCUGAUCCGUUGGAAAGCGCGGAUCGAUUUGGGGGAGCUCCGCGGAGAGGAAAAAAGCGAAAGUGGUCGGGGCUGCAGCAUGGAUCGUUGAAGAGAAAUAUCAGACUGCUGGGAGUUAACCAUGCAGCCCAUACGGCCGAUGAAGUGCACGUGCGAUAGGAAAUGCUUCGCGUUGAACAAUGAUCCUAUGUUGGAGUCCGACGAUGAAAUAACCAUGAGGUGUCAUCAAUUUGAGGGUCCUCCUCUGCAUAACUUCUGUUCUGACCACUGGACAUGGAGCAAGUUGCACAAGUCACAUGAAGUUCGACUGCACGGUCCAUUGAUGAGGUCGGCUCACUUUCAUCCCAACUGGAGCAAUGGAACAGCUGGAGUGAGGGGCACAAGGAUACUCAAUAGAGGACGCUACUACUGGGAAAUUCAUGUCACACAGAGGAUCUUCGGGACCAGCAUGAUGUUUGGUAUUGGAACAAGGAAAGCCAGAUUACACCUUGAUGCCUUUGUGAAUAUGUUGGGCGAGGACAAGUAUGGUUGGGGACUUUCACAUAAAGGUCUGCUCUGGCAUAAUGGUCAAUGGCGACAAUAUACGAAACCCUUCCGGGAAAAUGAAGCCACCAUCAUUGGUCUGCUUUUUGACGGCAUCAAAGGUACUCUGGCCUAUUACAAAGAUGGUAGUUGCUUAGGUGUGGCUUUCACAGAUCUCCAUCAUGUCCAAGAUGAACUUUACCCAAUAGUGUGUUCAACAGCAGCCAAGACAGAAAUGUAUCUGGGUGUCACCAAACGAGAAUUUGGUAACUUGCAAGAUCGGUGUAGAGCUACCAUCCUGACACUCUUGAGUCAUGACAGUGCCAUCGAUGAACUCAACUUACCUAACCGCUUGAAGACCUACCUUAUGGAAGACAAUGAGUAUCCACAUGUGGGAGAAAAAACUCACAGAGGAAUACACCGACAUCCCUACUUUAUGCGAUCCAGCAGCUGUGGUCCUCACAGAAUGGGCAAUGUGAAAAAUUAUCUACUUGUUUAACUUGGUCCAAACCAGAAAACAAUUGUUUCUGUCUCAGUUGAUUUUCAGAAUACAGAAGAUGCAA